AUGCGCCUCGGUUCUUUUCCUUUCUGGAUUUAUGUUCUGCUCUCCAUCUCUCUACUAAACCACAGACCUGGGGUUUGUGUUCUCGCAACUCCUCCGGAAGGAGAGCCUCUGGAGGAAGCUCCUGCUUCUGUAGCUGAUUACCGUUCUGUGGAAAAAGUUCCUUCUGUUGCAGGAUGUAGGAUAGAACCAAUAACACAUGGGGAUGAGAGCUUCCAUGGCUAUACUGCCAAAGGUUCCAGCAUUGUUGCUCCCAGCACAACAGUUCAAAUUGUCAUCUUUGGACAUUGGUUAGAAGAGUUAAGCUCGAUUUCGUUUGUUCCCUCGUUAGUCAGUGUGGCAAAUUGCUCUCUAAGAACAGAAGAUUUAACAUUCGCUGCUACGGAUUUUCUCAUCCAAACCGAUAAACGAAUGAUCGUCUCGGCUUCAUUUCCUCCAACUGAGUCAGGCGUCGCUUACCAUUUAUGUAUUCAUGCUAGAUCAAAAUUUGGAAUUGUCUCUGACUUCACCGAGAUCUCGGAUGCUCGUACAUGGAUUACUACUGAGCUCCCCGAACGUUUGUAUUACUUUCCAUUCCCCAUUCAGGUCUUUGUUAUUGCGGCACUCUUAGUGCUUUCUGGUCUUUUCUCGGGUCUCAAUCUUGGUCUCAUGUCUUUAACACCCCAAGAGUUGAUGCUUAUUCAGAAAUCAGGUUCAAAGUCAGAAAGACGAUAUGCUGACAUUAUCUUGCCUGUUCGUGAGAGAGGAAAUUUGCUGCUCUGCUCUCUACUGAUAGGAAAUGUUUUGGUUAAUUCCGGAAUCUCAAUUCUGUUGGACGAUCUAACGUCAGGAUAUGUAGCCUUAAUAGGAGCUUCUGCUGGUAUUGUAGUGUUCGGAGAAAUUUUCCCCCAGAGUUUAUGUGUGAAAAAAGGAUUAGCUGUAGGAGCGCAUACUAUUUGGGUUACAAGAUUCUUCAUAGUUCUCACUUUCCCCGUAGCCUUCCCCAUUUCCAAAAUUUUGGAUAUUUUCCUGGGAGAAGAGGUGACUUCUUAUGAUCGUCGUCGGUUGAUGGAAUUGAUCAAGAUGUCGAACAACGACGGACUUCAAGAAGAGCUGAAGAUUGCUGUAGGAGCUAUGGAAAUUAGUGACAAGAUUGUCCUGGAUGUCAUGACAAAGAUAGAUGAUGUGUUUAUGCUGCCUUUCAUGACUGUACUCAAUACCAAAACUGUGGCAGAAAUUCUUCGAAUGGGUUACACCAGAAUCCCGGUUUUCUCCGGAGAUCGGAAUAAUGUUGUAUCACUCUUGUUUGUCAAAGAUUUGGCAUUACUAGAUCCUGAUGACAAUUUCACCAUACAAACAGUGUGUGGUUAUCAUCAACAUCCUCUCCGUUUUGUUCUAGAAGACACUCCACUCAGAGUGAUGUUGGAAGAAUUCAAAAAGGGAGAUUACCAUUUGGCGAUGGUUCAAAGAAUUGUUCAAAAAGGAGACGGUGAUCCACAUUAUGAACUGGUUGGAGUUGUUACUUUGGAAGAUAUCGUAGAAGAGAUUCUGCAGGCUGAAAUUGUGGAUGAAACCGACGCUGUCAUGGAUAAUGUUCAUAGAACAAGAAGGCGCGGAGCUCAGGCUCGUGAUAUAAGCUCCUUGGUGGACGGAGAUGAACCUUCCAGAGUUAUCAGUGUCCAAAUGCUCUUGGUUACCAUGCAAUGGCUGACAAGUAAUCAAAGAGCAUUCCAUCAAGAUAUGAUAAGUCAGACUGUUCUGGAACGGCUAAUCCGUCAACAUUGCCGCAAAGUCGAACUUUCACACCUUCCUGACAUGUAUGACAGCAAGACCGUCAUACCCAGAACUGCCAAACUCUACUCCAAACAAGAUUAUUCUGAUAAAUUCAUAUUGAUCUUGGAAGGAAGAGCGAUGGUCACCAUCGGACAGGAUGCUAUGACAUUUGAAGCUGGUCCUUGGCAUGCGUUUGGUACUGACAUGUUAGAGAAACUUGUGGAACAAAGUGAACAAGAUGCCGCUAGAGAGAAAGAGAAUGUUUCCUCCAGAAACUCUUUGAAUGCUGCUGGAGAUAUCACUAAAGCUGGAAAGGUUGGAUUCAUGCCCGAUUUCUCUGUAGUCGUCCGAGACGAAUGUACUUUCUUGGAAAUAACAGCUCAGAGCUGGCUCUUGGCUUACCGUAGUACUCUCAUGAGUCGUGGAGGACACAGGCCUUCUACUAUCACCAGUGAUACUAACAUAGGAGAACGGACAAUGUCACGCGGAAGCUUAAAUGAAACGAAAAACUCGCUGGUUUCGCCUAAGGUGAACAUACACUAUAGAAACUGUAAGAAUAGAUCGUGUAGUGAAUCGGAACAUCUAGAACUUCUUCCUCAAACUAAUGGAAAUCUAACCGGCUCUCCAUUAUCAGAUCGCUCAGUAGCUUCGCACGUUUAA